UGCAGAGGGCGGGGCAGCUGUGGAUAAAAGCAGGACUCGGGCUUAGCAGCCUCACUUUCUGCCGGAACCUAGGAACCUUGCCCAGCCUGGUGAGUCACACAGGCCCAGCCUGGACAUGCAGGAGGUGGCCGUGAGCCUGCUUGUCCUCCUGGCAGGCCUGCCUGCCCUGGACGCCAACGACCCCGAAGAUAAAAACAGUCCUUUCUACUAUGACUGGUACAGCCUCCGGGUCGGCGGGCUCAUCUGCGCAGGGGUUCUGUGCGCCAUCGGCAUCAUUGUCCUCAUGAGCGGGAAAUGCAAAUGCAAGUUCAGCCAGAAGCCCAGUCAUCGUCCAGGGGAUGCUCCACCUCUCAUCACUCCAGGCUCUGCCCAUAACUGCUGAGGACGGACUUGCCGAAAGAGCAGCGGGGCCUUUCUCUGUCCCCCGGUUCUGGCUCUGCACAGGAGCCUCAACUCCAGGACGGAACGCUUCCUCCUGUCUUCAGACUGCCUUGCCGGGCCUCCUCCCAUCUCAGGGGAGGGGGUCUCCUUGUUCAGUUUUUAAUCUGAAAUGAUCUUGCCUCCUGCCCAAACA